AUCGCUGUUGCCUGUUCGUCAUUGUGGUCGGUGGCGAUGGAGAACGCCCACCAUGGAUCAGUCUCGCAACCACGUGCGUUUUCUGGAAUCUCCUUUCUCAAUUCGGCUGGAAUCUGCUCGGCGAUGCGACUGGUUUGUACCUGUGAAGUGAGGAUUUAGUGGUGAACAUCGAAAGAGUUCGUUGAACAUCGUUUUUGUUAUCGCGAUCGGAGAUCACAUGUUCGGCGAUCAGGUGGACCCCCUCGAUUACGUCGUGAUCCUCGCCUUCCGCUUCAUCGCCUUCUUGUUUCUUUCUCUCUUGUCGGCCGGGAAGAAUGAGCUUCAUCGUCUGACCUUUUCCGAUUCAUUCUCAUAAUUCGCCCGUCCAUCAGCCAAAAUGGCCGGUUCCGGAGUGCAGUACACCCCGCCGCCAUCGCCUCCGUCGCCGACGGCUUCCUUCUACGACGUCAGCGACGACGACGAAGAUGACUACAACACCAUCUCGCAUGCCACCUCUCGCAGAGGUGUAAAACUCUUGUUCUCCAAGAGCAAGGUCUAUGUUCACCCCACCCCUUCCUCUAGAGAUAACAUCCCGGGCUUCAUUGCUCUCAUUCAACAAAAACCGGCGCCUUCGACCACCGCUGCUUCCGCUGGCUCAUCAAGAAAUGGCGAAAAAUCCUCGUACCUUCUCGCCUGGGUCCCCGAAUCUUCUCUCGGUGACGCCUACGAAACCUACGUCAAAGUCGACCUUGCCGACGAUUCCUCUUCUCCGAAGCAAAGGUAUCUAGUGCCCCCGCUACCAGCGACAACUUCAUACCGGGAUCCCAUCGGCCUCUACGCAUUCGCCGUGCCGCUCUCCGAGAUAUACUCUUUACUGGUGCGACCGCCUAGCUUAGGAUGGUGGUUUGGAAGCCUGGUCAUCAAUACACGAGCUGGCGAUAGCUUUCCCGCUCUGUUUUUCCACGACUCUGAAUGUGAGUCGACAAUAUUACAGAAGAAGAAGAGAACCAGGGAAACAUUUGAUCCCUUCGCCGAGGAUGGCAGUGUGUUCUGGGGUGGCGACGAGGUCUUGAGGUGGCUGCGAAGAUAUGCCGAAGUCCAGCGUUCCGCCGUCGAUCACAGUGUGUAUCUUAUCAACCCGUCGGAUGAAGAUCAGAUGUCCUUUGGUCGUCCAUUAGCAUCCGAUGGACUGGAAGCGCAUCGAUCUCAGAACCCAGCGGAGAGCUCGGCUCAACCCGGUGGAAGCAGGCAACAGGAUGCGGGUAUGGACCCGUUCACCAAGGCACUGAAGGAAACUCGGUGGAAGGUCCUUGAAUCACUCAGCAAAAUAACGACCUUCACGAGGCGGACGGCGAACGAGAUCGCCGACAGCCCCCGCAUACCCCCUCAGAUGCGCCGACUGAUGAAAACACCCGAAAUCCAGACUUUGCAGGAUGAGUUCGAUAGCGCUAGGUUAUACUUAGCUCGGUGGGCGAUGAGUAUCUCUGAGCAGAGCGAGAAAGAGAAGAAUCAGCGCAUCUGGACUGCUCGAGAUGUUCUCGAAAUGGAAAAUAGCGAAGUUGGAGAUUUUGAAAUCUUGGAGCUCGAGACAGGAACCAUGUCUAUUCAUGAGCGACGCAAGGUGUUGACGCUUCAAGAAUGGGAAGGCUUCUUUGACUCGAACACUGGAAGACUGCAGAUUACAGUCGAGGAAGUGAAGGAGAGAAUAUUCCAUGGCGGCCUUGAUCCAAACGACGGCGUCAGAAAGGAGGCAUGGCUGUUCCUUCUCGGGGUCUACCCGUGGGAUAGCUCCCGCGAAGAUCGCCAGGCGCUUAUGAACUCCAAACGUGAUGAAUACAUUCGACUGAAGGGGGCUUGGUGGGAGAGGAUGAUUGAAGGGUCAUCUACGGAGGAGGAGUACGAGUGGUGGAAAGAGCAGAGAAACCGCAUAGAGAAAGAUGUUCAUCGUACGGAUCGCACGAUCCCUCUAUUUGCAGGAGAGGAUAUUCCCCAUCCAGAUCCGGACUCGCCAUUUGCCGAUACUGGCACCAACGUGCAUCUCGAGCAGAUGAAGGAUAUGCUCCUGACCUACAAUGAAUACAAUCCGGAUUUAGGUUAUGUACAAGGAAUGAGUGACCUGCUAGCCCCGAUCUACGCUGUCAUGCAAGACGAUGCAGUUGCGUUUUGGGCUUUUGUUGGAUUCAUGGAUCGAAUGGAGCGAAACUUCCUCCGUGACCAGUCGGGCAUGCGCGUUCAGCUUCUUACUUUGGAUCAUCUCCUCCAAUUGCUUGACCCUCAACUCUAUCUUCACCUGCAAUCUGCCGACAGUACCAACUUUUUCUUCUUUUUCCGGAUGCUCUUAGUCUGGUACAAGCGCGAAUUUGAGUGGGCCGACGUUCUUCGUCUAUGGGAGACCCUCUGGACCGACUACCUAACCAGCAACUUCCAUCUAUUCAUUGCUCUCGCCAUCCUAGAGAAACACCGAGACGUGAUCAUGGACCAUCUAAAGCACUUUGACGAGGUCCUCAAAUACAUCAACGAACUCUCCAACACCAUGGACCUUCUCCCAAUCCUCACCCGCGCCGAAUCUCUAUUCCGUCGCUUCGAGCGCUCCGUCCAGGCAAUCGACAAGAAGAACAACUUCCCCGCUCCCUCUGCACAUCAAAGGCGCCCAAUCCAAGACUCUACAGACCCAAAUAAGGGCAAAUCGCCUCAGAACUCCGCAAACGCCGGCUUCAGCAGCGGCGUCAAUGCCGGUCGCAACUCCCAGCCACCCUCAUCAUCCCAGGGGUCUGGUACAGAGCCCAAAGUCAUCUCCCCGGAACUGCGCGAUCUACUGAACAAGACCAUCUACUGGAGACAGGAGACAGAGUCGAAGCAUCCUCAACCGGAACAGAAUUCGCAUCCGUCAUAGAAAUUUCCCUUUCCCCCUUGCUUUGACCCUGAAUGUCUCUUGCACCGUCGACCUAGAACGAACGUGCAGAACAUGCAUUCUCUGUCAAAUGCGUAUGUGCUUAUAUCAAAUCAAUUUAUCGGCGACAAUAAGGAAUGGGUGGAUUGGCGUUUUUUUUAGCGUGGCUUUUUUUCUUUUUCUGUGUACUUUCUGUUCUGAUAUAAUCAUGUCAUUCACGUUCUAUGAAGCAGCUUUGGGAAUCAAAGAACUGAUCUG